UCCUCGAGACGGAAAUUUUAAAUAAAUAAAAGAAAAAAAGUCACCCACGUGGGGUUGCUCUCCUAUAUAAACAUACAUCCCUCCUGGCUAAAUCCCAUGCAUUGCCUUCUAACCACACAAGGAAAAUACAUCUCUCAGCGACAUCCCCAGUCCUCCCAUGGCCAUUGCUCACCUUCUAUUCUUCCUCCUCUCCACCUACUUACACUCCUCUUUGGGAGACCCAUAUGGUUGGGAUGGCGGCCACGCAACGUUCUACGGCGGUGGGGACGCAUCUGGCACAAUGGGGGGAGCUUGUGGAUAUGGCAAUUUGUACAGCCAAGGGUAUGGCACAAACACUGCAGCCCUCAGCACUGCCUUGUUCAACAAUGGAUUGAGCUGCGGGGCUUGCUAUGAGAUGAGGUGCAACGAUGACCCUAAAUGGUGCCUACCUGGGACAAUCACAGUGACGGCAACGAACUUUUGUCCACCUAAUUUCGCCUUAUCUAACAACAAUGGCGGAUGGUGCAAUCCUCCCCUUCAACACUUUGAUCUAGCUGAGCCAGCCUUCCUGCAGAUUGCCCAGUACCGGGCUGGGAUUGUUCCGGUUGCAUUUAGGAGGGUGGCCUGUGCGAAGAAAGGAGGAAUAAGAUUUACCAUCAACGGCCAUUCAUACUUCAACUUGGUCCUGAUCACGAACGUUGCAGGGGCAGGUGACGUCCGUGCAGUGUCCAUCAAAGGUUCGAGGACAGGGUGGCAACCCAUGUCCAGGAAUUGGGGACAGAACUGGCAGAGCAACUCUUACCUCAACGGUCAAAGCCUCUCCUUCCAAGUGACCACAAGCGACGGUCGGAUGAUCACUAGCUACAAUGUGGCAUCAUCUGGCUGGCAGUUCGGGCAAACGUUCGAGGGGGGCCAGUUCUAGUUAUGGCAUGUACUAGUCUAAGAGAGUGAUUGGGUGAUGGGGGUGGGAGCGGCUUUGGAGCUAUGGCCAUCGAAUGCUGAGGUGGCUUAAAUAUCACCCGCUAGGCCUUGGUAUAAAGCUAGUUUAGAAAUGAGAUAGCAACGUUAGUAAUGUGUCUAUUGGCUUGUGAUGGGAAUUGAGACCCCACAUGAAUCAUGAAUGAUGUGAGGUGUGCGGUUUAAUGAUCCUGUAUUUUAUGUUAAA